AUGAGAGUCCGAACGAAUUUCACGGCAUGGCAGCUGAUGGAGCUUGAAGCAGCGUUUGAAAAGACUCAUUACCCUGACGUGUUUAUGCGAGAGAGUAUUGCCAUGAAGCUCAGGCUCCCAGAAUCACGUGUACAGGUAUGGUUUCAAAAUCGACGAGCUAAGUGGAGAAAAAAGGAGAUGGACCAAUGUCAAAAGGUUUUGUCAAACGACGAAGAGUUAGACAUUUUAGAUGAACAGCAAACCGUAACACAGAACACUCCUCAUGACUCUAUGACAACACAGAAGAAUGGGGAUGAUGACGUCACAGAGGUCGAAGACGGCGCCACAGCAGCUAAAGAGGUUUUGGUAGAAAAGAGCAACCAGGCAACAUGCGAGAGAUCACCUGAACUCAUUUUACCGUUUAGCUAUAAGAACAAAAGUAUUGGCCCACCUCCUAAGCUAGUGCCAAUACCUAGCGCUAGGGAUUAA